AAUGAUUGAGGAGAGUGGGAAGAGGAGGAGGACAAUGGCGGAGAAGAGACAGCUGUUCAUGGAAAUGAGGGCCCAGAACUUCGAUGUCAUCAGACUUUCAACGUAUCGAACAGCCUGUAAGCUGCGGUUUGUGCAGAAGCGAUGUAACCUUCAUCUUGUUGAUAUCUGGAAUAUGAUUGAAGCCUUCCGAGAUAAUGGCCUUAACACUUUGGAUCAUAACACAGAGAUCAACGUGUCUCGACUAGAAACCAUCAUCUCAUCCAUCUAUUACCAGCUCAACAAACGCCUUCCUUCUACUCACCAAAUCAGUGUAGAGCAAUCCAUCAGCCUUCUCCUCAACUUCAUGAUAGCAGCAUAUGACAGCGAGGGCCAUGGGAAGCUGACGGUGUUUUCAGUGAAAGCAAUGUUAGCAACAAUGUGUGGUGGCAAAAUACUGGACAAACUAAGAUAUAUUUUCUCUCAAAUAUCAGACUCAAACGGACUAAUGAUAUUUUCCAAGUUUGAUCAGUUCUUGAAAGAAGUUCUGAAGCUUCCGACUGCUGUGUUUGAGGGACCUUCUUUCGGAUACACGGAGCAUUCUGUACGGACGUGUUUCCCACAACAAAAAAAGAUCACGCUAAACAUGUUUUUAGACACAUUGAUGGCUGAUCCACCUCCUCAGUGCCUUGUGUGGCUGCCUCUCAUGCACAGACUUGCCCAUGUUGAAAACGUCUUCCAUCCUGUGGAGUGUUCCUAUUGCCGGUGUGAGAGCAUGAUGGGGUUCCGGUACCGGUGUCAACAGUGCCACAACUACCAGCUUUGCCAAAACUGCUUUUGGCGUGGCCAUGCCAGUGGGCCUCACAGCAACCAGCACCAGAUGAAGGAGCAUUCCUCUUGGAAAUCGCCUGCGAAGAAGCUGAGCCAUGCGAUCAGUAAAUCACUCGGCUGUGUACCAAGCAGAGAACCACCUCGUCCCGUGUUUCCUGAGCAGCCAGAGAAGCCACUUGAUCUUGCACAUAUAGUUCCCCCUCGACCUCUGACUAACAUGAAUGACGCCAUGGUGACCCACAUGUCCUCCGGAGCACCGACACCAACAAAGAGGUUGCAGUGCAAGGCGGACGCUGCUGGCCGAUUAGCUGAUGAGCAUGCACUGAUUGCAACCUAUGUGAGCCGGCUGCAGCGCGGGGCACGUGUUCUGGACAGCCCAGGCCGGCUGGACGAGGAGCACCGCCUGAUCGCCCGCUACGCAGCCAGGCUGGCCGCUGAGGCCAGCAACACGCCUCGCCCACCCACAGACCUGGGUUUCAACUUUGAUGCCAACAAACAGCAAAGGCAGCUGAUAGCAGAGCUGGAAAACAAAAACAGAGAGAUACUGCAGGAAAUCCAGCGGCUGAGACUGGAGCAUGAGCAAGCAUCACAGCCCACACCGGAGAAAGCCCAGCAGAACCCAACACUACUGGCUGAGCUCCGGCUCCUACGGCAGAGAAAGGAUGAGCUGGAACAGAGGAUGUCAGCGCUUCAGGAAAGCAGAAGAGAGCUGAUGGUGCAGCUCGAGGGGCUGAUGAAGCUACUCAAAGCACAAGCAGCGGGCUCAGCGCACUCAUCACCCACCCACGGAGCCGGCCGCCCGCUGCCCAUGCCCGUCAGAUCCACCUCUGCUGGCUCCACACCGACACACGGCCCACAGGACAUCGGGGACGUGCAAGAAGCUUUCACACAAGGUACAAGGAGGAACCUGCGGAAUGACCUGCUGGUGGCCGCCGACUCCAUCACCAACACGAUGUCAUCGCUGGUGAAGGAGCUGCACUCAGAGGAAGAAGAUGAAAAAGAAAUGGAAAAAAUACAGAACGGGAAGGAUCGAGGUUAGAGGGACAACCGCAGGCUGUGCAGCAGUUCAGGUGAGCCUGGACAUUUCUCUGCCAACCUUCUGCCUCUCUCCUUCCUUUUCUUCUUGUGUACAAGACAAGGAGCAUUUCCCUCCCACUACUCCACACCUAUUCCAAAGGGUGCUGGGUUUUCCUAGUUAUGACCUAAUUCAGCUCCUGCUACAGACAGUGAGAAAACAUCAUUAACUUCAGUGAAAGCAGAAUUACCGCCGUUAUCUCUUCUUUUAUUAGCAUUACUUUUACACUGAGAGGCCUCCGCCAGGAAAUCGGAGUCUAUUGCGACGGACGCUAUCCAGAUGUACUAAAAAUACAAUCUCUACCCUCAAAGAUCCAGCACUUUGCGUUAUAAUAAGGCACAGCAGAUGGACAGACAAACAGGUGCUGGGGAGCAUGAGACAGUGUCGGCGGGGAAAGGCUGAGCCCCACACUCACAAUGCCUCCGAGGCACCUGGGGCAGAUCCCUAUCAUCUCCACACUGAAAAACGUAGGAGGGCACCGGGUUGGGUUUCCAUGCCGCAUAGUAUUUGCCUGAUGCACAGUGCUGAUCUCUGAGCAUGGUGGUGGGAAGGAGGAGGGUUCCUGCCGCCAAAACAUGCAGCGUGGGCACACACGUGGGUUCACAGAGGUCAAUGGGGAUCCCAUUCUUGGGUCUUCUUCCACUGUGCUGGAAGCUUGUACUUUGUUCAAAACCCAAAGAGCAGAACAAGGAUCCCACCUUCAUAUUGUCCAUUGGGAUCCAGCUUAUGUUGGCCAAAUAGAAUUAAGCGCAAUGGCUGCAAAACACAAUUCUGCAUGAUAAAACCGGCACCGUUGUGCUCUGAAGGUAAUUUGCAAAGCAGAAAAACAAAGCUUUUGCCCUUUCUGCCUCCCUGCCAUUUUAGUAAUGGAUAGAGAUAACCUGAAAGCAGCUUCAGAGUUCCUCUGAUAGUUUUUACAUUAGAAAUUCAAGUCCUGUCUCGGCUGGGAAACAAUCUGGUAACUGAAGAAGGAGAGAAAUGAUGCCAUUAGAGGAGACGUUGGCAGCACAGAGCUCUUUGUGUCGGCUGUACGUGGCAGUCCCUCUGUGCCCCUUGGACUCUAAUGGCUGUGCUGCACUUUGCUGUAUGGGGGCAGCUGGGAUGUGGCUGUCCCUUGCCACAGGACAUGGGCUGAAGCGUCAGGGAUGGUGCUGAGGAGCACAAAAUGGAGAGAAGUGAGAUAAUAAAGGCAAGAGACUAUUACCGGACUCCUUUAUCCUCCAGAAUGAGUCAGAAGGGGAAAGAAUGGGGGGGAACAUUGGAAUUGGAUGGUCUUUAGAGACCCUUCCCACCCAACCUAAGCCAGUCUAUGACUCUGGGUGUUCUUUAGGGUCACUUCAACCCAAACCACUCUAUGGGUGUUCCUUAGGGUCACUUCAACCCAAACCACUCUAUGGUUGUUCCUUCCCUCCAACCCAAACCAGUCAAUGAUUCUGUGAUUGCAUGGUCCGAUGCCAACAGGCUCCAUCUCUGUCUCACACGGUGCAGGCGCAGGGGGCUCUCAGUGAGCUCAUGCCCCGAAGACGUCCCCGCGCCGCUGGGAGAGGCACGUUCUGGCCGACCCAUCACCAUCGCGCAACUGUGACCGGCGUUGACCUCCCACCAGUGCCGGCGUUCUCCCAACCGACCGAGGGCUUUCCCCGUGGGCCUUUGCUUCUUAGGCCAUUGCAUGUACUGUUUUCCUCAAUGUGUUUACUAACGAUAAUCAGACAGUGCCCCAUCGAACUCUGCCAUUUGCGGGAGGUUCAAGAAAAAGGCAAUACUCCCCACUCCCGCUACGCAUUCCAAUCUGUUGGAUUUCCCACCCAACAGCGGCACCAUCGCAUCUAAUGCUGGCUGUUUCCUCUUGGCUCCCACCCUUUGCUGUGCAUGACAAAAAUGAGGUUUGCACCAUUGGGGUCUUUUUGUGUGUAAAGUAGGGGGGACUCUGAGGACAGACCCUUAAGACCCACCUAGAAGCACCACUCUGCUGUCGGGUUGCUGUUGCAUUUGAUAUUGCAUUGUCCUCUGUAAGUGAUGGUGUGUCGGGGAGGAACGAGCAGUGGGAGGACCCUGGACCAGUGCCUCUUCUUUAAACUGUUAGCAAAUGUCCCCUUCCAGGCAGGGAAUUUGGGGACGAGCAGCUCUGGGUUGGCAUCAGCGUCUCUGUGUUCAUUCUUGAGAGCUGGGUUGGGUUUUGUUUAAAAUUAAGAGAAAGAGCAGAGUUGUGUAGUCUGAGGCUGGGAGCUCACCGCCGUCUGGGUGCUUAGGAAACAUCGCAAUCAGUUCCAAUCACACCAUUUUGGUGUGGUUUUUUUUUUUCCCCCCUCUGUGCUUCGGAAUGUUAUUUUUAGUGGAAGGAGCUGAGUGCCCUAAUGCAGCCAUAAAUAUUUAUCAGGGGUGAUGAAUGGGAAGGAGCGAUAAAGCCCGAAGCCAACAGCAGCCAGUGCACCAGAGAGAGCGCUCGUUGGGUACCUGCAGCCCGUUGGGAGAGCAGAAAUAAACAGACGUGGUGGCCACAGCCUGAGCCAAGUGUAAAUAUUGUGAGCGAGCUGUCAGGGAGGGGAGAGGAGUGAUGAGAGCCCGGCUCAGCGCACGCACAGCGCGUGAAAUGCAGAUCCACAGGGCACCCUCACGACUACUCCUUUUUGUUUUGUAUCAUUGCUCGCUCCACGACUUCCCCUUCUUGCUUUGGGGGACAUGGGUCAGUGGGCAUGGUGGGGUGGGGUUGGGUUUGGUGACCUUUGAGGUCUUUUUCAAUCAGAAUGAUUCUAUGAUUCUGUUCAGGGAUGUGGUUAGUGGGCACGGUGGCGAUGGGUUGGCAGCUGGACACGGUGAUGGUGGAGGUCUUUCCCAACCAGAAUGAUCCCGUGGCUCCGUAGGCAGCCGUGGUGGUGCUGGGCUGACAGUUGGACGUGAUGACUCAGCCUUUCCAACCUUCAUCCAUGCUGGGAAGCGAACCCUACAGCUUGCUUGUGUUUAACUGGGAACAUUGCAAACCUUCUGCUUGCCUUCACCAUCACCGCCUUAACCCCCUGCAGGAAGAGACUGCAGACCAUGCUUUCCCCAAGCUGGGAGCUGUGCCAUCAUGGCUCCAGCUUGUGUGCAUCUUUCCUUUCUAGUUUGGGGUUUGUUUCUUGUGCACACCAUGGGGUUUGGUGGCUCAAUCAGCACCAGUGCCCAGAGCGCAUGGUGGGGAGACGGGAGUGCCAUUGGUAGGAACCUGUGAACUGGAAGCCAUGUUCUGUCAUCUGCCAAAUACUGAAUAAAUUCAUCUCAUCCCUA